AUCAGCAGUGUGUAUAUCCACCAUUAUCGAAGAAGAAAAUGUGACAGCAGUGUUAAAGCCGAAGUCUAUCCGCACUACCGCUGUAGUCGUCGUGUUUGAAUCAUGUCUGAGAAAGAGCUCGGCCAGAAGUGGGACCGCUGCCUCGCGGACUGUGCCGUUAAAAUCGGCACUGGUCUGGGCAUAGGAAUAGUGUUCUCAGUUGUGUUCUUCAAGCGCCGGACGUUGCCCAUUGCGUUUGGCACAGGACUAGGUCUUGGCAUGGCAUAUUCCAACUGCCAGAAUGACUUGAGAUCACAUUAUGUGCUGCACAGAAAUGUUGCUAAGGAACAGUAGAAUUGCAUCAGUUAUGGACUCUAUCUUCUGCCUUGCUCUUCUUUCAUUUACAUGAAGCCUGACUCAAUCAGAGUGGUUGGCUCCCUCUACUCCACAAUAUGUAUGUUCAUCAACAGGACAGCCUGUAUGAGAAAAGCCUGUAUGAUAAUAAAAGGUUAAAUUUAGAAGUUUGCUAACGAUUGCUUUAUAUUGUUUACCUAACAUUUUAAUAAAGAAUAUUAAUUUA